AGGAAAAAAAAAAAAAAAAAAGCUACAAUGAGAUACAACGAAAUUCCUCACUUCAGCCACCCUCAACACAAGCUGAAAUUCGAGUACACAGAAGUCCCAUUCAAGUGCGACGGCUGCAAAGAAGUGGGCAUCGGGUCACGCUACAAAUGCAGCAUCUGCGACUACGAUCUUCACAUGCACUGCGCUCUUCCCUCCUCCUCCAUCACUCAUCCCUUCUACACCAAAUGCUCCUUCCAGUUCCUCCCUCGACCCCCCGGCAACAUCCCCCGCUACUGCAACGCCUGCGAGAAGGACGUGACGGGCUUCGUCUACCACUGCAAGUCCUGCGGCUUCGAUCUCCACCCCUGCUGCGCCAAGCUCCCCAUGGUGCUUGACGACGGUGAAGUUAAGCUAUACCUGUACAGGAAGGUUGGUGCCUCGUGCCACCGGUGCGGGAGGAAAGGGAGGAGCUGGAGCUACCGAUCCACCUGCAAGAAGUAUAAUCUGCACGUUGCGUGCGUGAAGGAGAUGCUGGUGGAAAGUUGGCAUGAAAUAUAUUUUGGGGCAAGAAAUGGGACUAGGAAAUUGGAGACUAGGAUUCCCAGCCUGAGAGGUACAUUGCAGAGUUACCACCGCAGAAGCAAAGGUAAGGUGCAGAAAUGUUGCGAGAUUGCUGGUUUGGCUUUGCAGUUUGUUAUCUCGGCCGUUCUUGGGGAUCCUACCACUCUGAUUGCGGGGGUUGUUGGUUCACUUAUAUCAAAAUAGGAUGAAAACUUUAAUUGUUA